UCUGUUAGACCAACGUGAUAGGUGGUGAGCCGUAUCACCGUCAAUUUUGUUAGUAGUCUAUUUUCUACAUUAGCAUUUUAUAAUUCAUCUCAGACCCAGUCAAAUUCUUUUUUAUUUCGAAUUUAAUAUGUUUAUUCAGUUGGUAACAUAGUUACACUUGAAUCGUCAUUUUUUACAUAACGAACGUCUCAUCCGCCUAAAACAACUACAGCUUCUGACAACCUAUAUAGCCGGGGAAAAGUAACUGCUACAAAAACCUCGGCAACGUCAUCUAACCUUUUGCUACACCCCGGACACUUCAUACAAACAACCUCAUUUUACACAGACGCCACACAUUGACGUUAUCGUACACCCGCAACUGUCUGUGUGACGUCUGACGUCAUAUGAUUCAAGUCUAAACUAUGUUCGAGGGGGGUGAGGUAAACCUAGCUCAGCCGCUGGUGGGGUGCGGAGAGUUGCCGUUCUAUACGUAGUAUUAUUUAUUCCUUAUUCUAUGCUAUUGCUCUUGUAUUAGAUUUUUUUAAGCUACCCCAUCUGCAUUCAAUUAAAUUAAUACACUGUUUACUUCACUUCGCGUGUUGUCAGUUUACCUUUUGCAUUCGUGGAGUGAGGAUGCACAUAUCUCACUGCGGACUACUUAUAAGAAACAGUGAUUUUUCCACAUUUUUCCGCCAUUUUGAGUGACUUUUCGGAGUGUUUUUUAAUGUUGAGUGUGUGAGGAUUUCUUUAAUGCUGGAUUUGAAUUUUGGCAUGAAAAUGACCAUGUCGACGAGUGCUACCAUGUCCGCCCGGGUACACAGGAAAGUGAUCCGGGCACCGCAUAAACGACCGCACCCAGGCAAAACGCAGCACGCGGGCAAAAUGGUGCACGCGGGCAAGAUGGUACAUCCGGGCAAGAUGGCGCUUCCAGGCAAAAUGGCGCAUCCGGGCAAAAUGGCGCACUUAGGCAAAUUUGGCAAGAUGGCGCACUACGCACACACACAUGCUACCAGGCCUCCUGAGCCGUGUGACAACAGUAAUGAUAGCGGUCUCGGCCCCGAUCCUAUGCACAGAUUAUCGGACCCGUUGGAGGAAUGGGAACAGGAGUCGAAACGGCGGCGGCGAGAGAGCGAGACGGGGGUAAAGUUAGAGUGCGACGACGCUAAUGACGCGUAUGCAUUCGCUUCUGCGCCCGCGCAUCCCCCAGCAUCCGCGCCGACGCUGGACCCGCCUCCGCCUCCGCUAUGCGCGCCGCUUCCCGCUCCGAUCGAGACGGCGCCCCAACCCCCCGCGCCGCUCACGCCUCUCCUGCCAGUGCCCGUAAUCCGAGCGGGCACGAGCAUAUCUAGUCCAAUAAGCGAAGCUUCAGGCAAGCGGUUUCAAGAUCCGUCCUACAGAUCGUGUGGGAAGCUGGGGACCGGCAAGCUGUCAGGGAAGUACCCGGGUGGGGGGAAGCUGUCCGGGGGGAAGUUGUCGGGGAAACUGGGGGGGAAGUUGGGGGGGAAGUAUGGGGGGAAGCUGGCGCAGGCGCUGGCGCGGCGGCGCGCGCUGGCGGCCAUGCACUCGGGUCCGCCCGGGCUCGCCGCGCCGCUCGCCAACCGCUCGCGUGACGGCACCGUCGAACUACAGAUCUUGUGUCAACCCGAGACGCAACAUAGAGCGAGAUAUCAGACUGAAGGCAGCCGGGGGGCUGUAAAGGACAACUCGGGAAAUGGGUUCCCGGUCGUCAAACUAGUUGGCUAUGACAAGCCAGCCGUCCUACAGGUAUUCAUAGGAACAGACACGGGCAGAGUGGCGCCGCAUAUGUUCUACCAGGCGUGCCGGGUCUCGGGGAAGAACUCCACGCCAUGCAAAGAGAGGAAGGAUGACGGAACCGUCGUCAUCGAGAUCGACCUCGAGCCGGCCAAGAACUGGCAGGUCACUUGCGACUGCGUUGGGAUACUCAAGGAACGCAACGUGGACGUCGAGCACCGGUUCGGCGAGACGCUGACCGCAGGCGGCGCACACGUCUCCCGCGGCAAGAAGAAGUCGACGCGGUGCCGCAUGGUGUUCCGCACCGACAUCGUCAAUGCCGACGGCCAGCCCGAGACGCUGCAAGUGUGCUCCACGCAGAUCAUAUGCACUCAACCGCCCGGCGUCCCAGAAGUGUGUCGCAAGUCAUUGAUAUCUUCGCCGGCGACCGGAGGCCUGGAACUGUACCUGUUAGGCAAGAACUUCCUCAAGGAGACCCGGGUCGUGUUCUGUCAACGGCAAGAGGGUAGGAACUCCUGGGAGGAAGAGGUCGUGCCGGAUAAGGAGUUUUUGCAACAGACACACCUAGUGUGCUGCGUGCCUCCGUAUCUCCGCACGGACAUAGCGGAACCCGUGACAGUCCAGCUAUUCGUGCGCUCGGGGGGCAAAGCCUCCGAGCCACAUGUUUUCUACUAUACCCCUCCGAGUCUCGACACCGGCCCGCUGCAUAGCACAAGACACCAUACGCAAGGUAGCGGCAGCGAGGAGGCGCGGCCCGUGCUGCUGUGGGGCGCCACCAGCAUGCUGCCGCCGCCGACGCCGCUGCGCCGACCCUCGCUCAUCGUGCCCGACGCGCCGCCGCCGCUCGGGCUCAAGGCGGAACUGGCCGACGACACCAGCCAGCACUCGCUCGUCGACCCUAACGACGCGUCCUGCGGUCCCGACGGGCCCGACAGCUCCUCCAUGAUGGCCGAGGACCUCAAGGUGGUCGACCUCCGGCUCAAGUCGGAGUCCAUCUCGCGCGACCAGCCGCCCGUCGGCUUUACGUACGACGCCAUCAAGCUAUCGCCGCCGACACCCACGCAGAGCGAGUCCCCCUCUCCGCUCGCCUCCUUCACGCAGCAGCUGCAGGCGAUACAGAACCAGGUACAGACCGACAAGAUGGUCGAGAGCGUCACGGCCGCCAUCUUCAACUCAGACGACAACGCGGGACAGAUGUACGUCGGCAAUCCCAUAAUGAACACGAUAAAUACCAUGAACCCAAUGAACCCCAUGGACCCAAUGCGCCAGCUAAUCUCCUCGAAGACGACGAUGGACCCGCUCGAGAAUGAUAUGAAGGUCCUGAACCCGGAGCUGAUGAUCGCGGAGACGGCGAUCCAGUCGAGCGUGCUACAGUCUGGCGUGAUGCAGGCGACAACCGAACAGCGGCUGAUAGUGUACAACCAGAUGCCGGCGCCGCGCACCGAGGAGACGUUCAACCCGUUCGGCGCUAUCACCAAGAUGGAGAUGGAGCCCGCGCAGAUCGAACAGCGGCUGGCGCAGCAGAGCGCGCAUAUGGAGGCGCUCGUGGAGGACGCCAUGAAGGCCACGGCGGCCAUGCUACCGGCCGACGCGGCCAAGCUAGAUGAGUUGGUCAACUCGCGCGUGGACGACCACCUAUCUGGGAACUCCUCGUCGCCGACGGCCGCGUCACACGCGUCCGACGUGCUGCUCAGCCCCAACGCGGCCGUGGUAUCGCGCAACUCGCCCGCCGAGCUGCUGCCGCCGAUGCCCGCGUCCGCCAUCUCGCCCGACGUGAUCCUGAACCCGCAGGUGUCGCCGAGCAUGCUCUGCGAGAACAACCAGCGCAUCGUAAUGCCGGCCGGGCCGAGCCAGGAGGAGCUAAUGAUGAUGCCCGAGCUGCCGACGUCAGUGAAGACGCCGCCAGCCGCCGUCAAGUCGAUGAUCCUGAACGCGGCGGCCGAGAUCCUGACGUCGGACACGACCAUGAACGCGCUGGUGACGUCCGCCAUCAACACGGCCAACAUCCUGUCGACGGAGAACGCGGGCGGCGGCAGCAUGCAGCCGCACGCGGCGGACGCGCAGCCGCCGGCCGAGCCCGCGGGCGAGACGCCGCUCGUGGCCAUGUCGCAGGCCGUGUCCCAGGCCGUCACUCAGGCCGUGUCGCAAGCCGUGUCGCAGGCGGUGUCGCAGGCCGUGUCGCAGGAGAUGACGGCGCCCGUGCAGGGCCUCACCGACAUGAGCGACCAGGACCUGCUCUCCUACAUCAACCCCAGCACCUUCGACCAGGUGUAACUGCCGCGCGCCGCGACCUAGCCUACGCAACGUGCGUGGAAUUUCCAAAUUCUUCGAAAUGAGACUUUAUGCCUAAUUGGAUGCAUUUCUUGUGAUGUGUUAAGGGCUCAAAAAGCAGUUUUUAUGUGAAUUUUUAAUGGAUGUUAGACUAAUUGUUAAACGUAAUGUAGGACACUAUAAUCUCCAUAAUGUUGUGUGGAAGAGUGCGAAUUGUUAGUGCGUAUUAAGUUUUUUUUAUGAUUCUCAUAUUAAGUUUUAUUUUUGAACGACAAAAGUAUGGAAUGUCAAUUAAUUCAACAUGUGAGUCAGUAUUACAGGGCUAAUAUUUACAUGAUAUACACGGAAAAAUCAGAAUGUACGUAUUUAAAAAAAAUAUAAUAUUACUCUUUGGAAGCAACGUGUUGUGUGAUCAUGAAGGUGUUUUUAUUUCGAAUUUUAUUAUGUAAAUAGUUAUUAUAUGAUAAUGUUAGUUGUAGCUUGGUAUUUAUGUUAUUAUCGUUAUAGUAGAUGAAUAUUGCGAUAGCAUUGCAAUUUGGCCGACUUAUAUGGUACAUUCGAAACUCAGUAGUAGAUAUUUGAAGAAUUAAAAAAAUCUCUUCAAAAUUACAUACUCUUCUUCUUCUUUAAUACAUACUCUUCUUUGUCUUUAAAAAUCAUACACCAUCACGCUUCCCCGCUGCUAGUUUCUGGAGAAACAUCUACAACCAUCUCAAUAUUCAAUUCGAAUAUUGAAUGAUUCUUACGACCUUUUUCUUCCUGAGUAUAAGUCGGCUGAAUUGCAGUGCAUCGUGACGAAUCGUGUUGCACAAUCAGGCCUACCACUGCUAAUAUUAAAGCCAGUGUAGCUGUUCAUGUGUUCACAAGACUGGCAAUACGCGAAAAUUCUCCAAUUAAUGCGUAACUUGUCAAAAGUUUGAAGCCACUUACCUGCUUCCCCUUAUUAUCGGCGACGAAGUGUCUCGCCUAAACCUAAAUUAUUUAGAAAUUAAGAAUGUGGAGACAAAAUUAGGCCGUCGUGUCAUUGAGAAUAAAAUAAAUUAGAAAAAAAAGAUGACGCACUGCCCUGCCAUGUAAAAUGGCGCGAAUUAAUUUCCAUAGAUAAAAAAUAAUUUUGUAACUUUUUGUAACUAAGGUGGCAAUUCUAUCUAUUCCAUAAAAUAUUUGUGUAAUUACAAUUAUUCUUAUGACACAUUCAAUUAAUAAGUUCAAUGCCUCCACGGCCUAAUAUUUCGAUUCAUAGACGCUCAUAGGCUAUUCAAACAUAGAUAAUUAAAAAAGCAGUGGAAAACGAUAAUUUUGUACCUUUAUACACUUAUGUCAAAUUAUUCCAUUACUAAAUCGCGAAUGAUGUGAAUUUUAUGGCUAGAAAUAUCUAUUUACAAAUUAAUACGCUUUGCGAGCAAAACUUGUGUUCUAAAUAUAAACACAAUUUUGUCACAUUUAAAAAUGAAUUAGUAAAAACCGGAUUUAUAGGCCACAUAAAAGAUUUGAUAUACCUACUUAUGUGUGAAAAAUGCGUAAAAUAUUUAAGCCUGAAAAUUGUAUGCAGAUAUAGGAAUGAAAAAAGUUUUUUUUUCAUUUCUAUAUCUGCAUACAAUUAGAAAAUUAUUUAUUCAAAAUUUAACUAUCUUAAUUAUACAACGACCAUUGAGAAUGGGGUAAAUAAAUAUGCAAUUAAUACCUACACAAAUACAUAUCCGGAUUAUAUGCAUUAAGAUUAAGUAUAGGAUUAGACGAGAGUUUAGGGUUGGGUUUAGUUUGAGUUGAAACCCACGCCCAUAGUCCCCGCUUAUUCUCACAAGUUUGCUUGAAUUCGUAACCUGCGGGAGAACGCUACUCUUUCUCGCCGCGACAGAGAUCGUCUGUCUCUUUCUAUGCAGUACUGUGGGAGAGUGACGGGUGACGUAUGUCGAGGCUACAAAGAGUCGCGCGCUUACGGUGCUAAGCCCGCUGGAAUGUUCUGUACACCCCUGACGAAAUUUUGCUAAAAACGUUUAAUGCAGUAGAACGUGUGAGACUUUAAUUCGACCACUAACUUUAUAGUAGUUCGAUCGUCGAAGAAUCGCUAAACUGAAGGUAGGGUAGAAAGAGUCCGCGCCACGAAAGAAGUCCCGCGACAGCGGCGCUGGCGUCGCAGUAUCUGCGUAGCAUCAUUAUGAUUUGUCAUUUAGUUCCAUUGAAAUCCGCAGGUCUUCUUUCGUAGCGAGUACCCUCGGUGUUUAAGUUGAUCAAAAAUGGCGGUCGUUUGCACAGGUAGCGUCUCUGGUUGUCAUGGUUAUAAUCUGCCAGUGCUCAUUCAACAUCAUUGUUCAACUUAUGCGCCGCGAUAUAAACCUACCUUCACUUUGAUCAAUAGCCUGAAGGACAUAAGUUUUGAUUGCAAGCUUUAUUUUGUUGACGUUAUAGUUAUAAAUGUGAUAAUAUAAAACAUGUUUAAACAUAUAUCCCGCAGUAGCUAUUUUUAUGUGUAAGAAACUGUACUGAUGUGAUGUAGAGCAAAUAUUUAUAAUGUGUUAAUCAUAAAAAAGUUCAUUUUUAUAGUUAAACAAGUCGAAUGCUACAUAUUUAAAUGUGCCAUCUAUGUAAUCUUAGUAUAGAGUUUACAUGUAAAAGCAUAUCUUACGAUAUAAAAGCCAUCGGUAUGAUUGUUGUGGCCGACGAAAUAUAUACAUAAUUAUACAAUAUUUACAUAGAAAAUAUACAUUUACAAGUUUAUACAAGUUGCUGUGCCUUCAGCCAAGCAGCGCCACGGCCAUUUUUGUAGAUGAUAUUGAUAUUUUACAGUAUUGUAUCCAGGGACCAUAUGAACAAUACCAUUUAUAUAAAAUAUACAUACUAACAAGUUAUUGAUUAUACAAUAUUAUCAGCAGUAAACACAUUUUAGUUAAUAUUUAUUGUAAGCCUGACCAUUGUACUACAAAACCGAAGAAUUUAGAAUUUUCAACCCAAAAUUUGUAAUAUUAUAAAGUUUAAAACAGCCAGUGUUGCCAUAAUUGUCAAUUCUAAAAUUCGAUUAAUCCGUUAAAAACACUUAUUUAUAAUUAAAAAAAAUCUAAUUAUUCUCGAUAAAAAAUCUUCAGUCUUGUUAUUUUCGUUUUAGGUCAGGCUUAUAUAUAUCUUCAAGCAUUUACCCUGCUAAUCACACCUUACUUUUGCUAAAAUCUUAAUACUUAAUCAUUUAGUUGCCAAAAACUGAAUCUCCCGGUCAAGUCUUCCUAUCCUAUCUUUGGUCGGGUACCCGGCCACGGAAAGGCUAAAAGGAGGGUUAUGAUAUGAUAUUAUAAUGUUAUCAAUUCGCGUGUGUAUGGAUUGGUCUCACCUAUCUAUUUAUAAGAAAACAAAUUUACAAUCAUUACAAUUUUUGAUUGGACCAAACAUUCUAUCAAAGAAUUUCUUGAAUUAUUAUAGACCAAGAACGUAAAAUGGUACGGCAUUAGCUAGGAGCUGUCGUAGUCAGGACAAAAUAGAUUUUCUCAAUUCGACCUACCUGUACGUGUAAUGGACCUAUGUAUUGUAAUACUGUUAAAAAUGUAAUUUUACAUAAGUAAGUAGAAUUAUUGUAUAAGUAAAUAUUGCUAAAAUCGACCAAUCCAGCACAAGCCACGAAAUCACAUCACGUUUUCUUAUAUAAAGCUAUUUAUAAUUAUGUUCGUCUUCCAUUGUUUUAUUUCGCACUAAUCUUUCAGCUUUUAAAAGCAAAAUUGACUGAAAGAUAUAUACUACUUUGCAAGUUAUAAAAGAAUGUUUGAUAUUGUUAAAGGGAAGGCCAAUUUAUAUUCAAAAUCAUGUGUUUUUAUAGUAAACGUUUUUCAGACCUCAAGUCUCAGGGACGCCAUCUAGUGGCUGAGAUUCUCAAACUUAAUUUUAUACUGGUCUGAAAUUUUCUUGUAAGCAUAUUGGUACCUUUUUUAUAAAUAAUUACUUUAAAACUUCGUCAAUUUGAAAAGGGCGAUAUUCUUAUUCGUCCUUCUAACACCACAUCUCAGAAUAAAAUGCAAAUCUAAACGGUAAUUUUAAAAUGCGUUUUCAAGCGGUGUGUUCCAAACAAUAUUUGUAGAACGAUUCGAUUAAAGAUUACUUGCAUCUCUUAAGCAUAUUUUGGUGUUUGGAAAAACAGGAACACGCCUGACUAUAUACAAUGAUGUAUUUUAAAGCGUUUGUGUAGCCUUUGUACUAUAAAUAUAAAGCCCAGUUUACGUAAAUAAAAAGUUACAUAGUGAGCCGUGUACGAGUCCUAAUGUAGAGAGACCGUCACGUAUUUGUGUUGCGCGUUGAAAAGAGAUGGAAGAUAUAUUGUUUACUCACAUGACUCACAACAAUGGUGCCUAUUCGGGCGGACCAAACUUGAUUUUAGUUCGACAGCUGUUUUUGUUGCCGUCCUUCACUUACAAUACGUGCAAGAAAGAGAUGCAGUUAUACUCCUGUCAAAUGAAAUCAACAUUAAAUUGGUGAUUGCUCGAAUCGCCACUAAUGUAUAUUUUAUUAAUGUUGGCAAGGCUAAGAUAAUCAAAAGAUGGGAUUUAGGGUGCGUUUGUAUGAACGCACAGUGAAUACAGUGAAGUAUCGAAGAAAAGCAAAGGCGUGUAAGAAACGCAAUAAAAGCAGAACUCGUCCGUACCGAACGUCUUCGCACAAAAGAGGAUAUACGCACUAUAUUUCUCACCACUUCUGUGAGGACGUAUUCUUGUUUGCGUAUUAAAACUUAAAAAUCGCAUUUGCGUCAUAAUACGCAAUUACAAGCGUAAUUGAUGACAAGGGCUUAAGUAAGUAUCCUAUCACAGAAUAUAUCAAAGUCGAUUUUCCCACGAGAAGACGCUCUGCUAAUCAAUUCUUGCACGCCUUCCGCUUCUAUAAUAAUGCAUACUUGAUACGCAUAGAGCCAGGUAAGCGGAUGAUUCCGUUUGCGGUUUCAACAUAACCCGCGCCCGUCCCACUUCCCUGCCUCUGUGCGACGUACAAGAGGUUGCACAGGAUAUGCCAAUACACAGCCUCAUUAAUUAUAAAAGAUAAAGUAGAAAUUGGUGGCAAUUCAGGCGGACACAAUGGUGCUGAUUCAUGUAGACACCAUCUAAUUUUAUUUUAAGUUACACCUGUCAUUUUCUUAUCCGCCGAAAAGGAAAGGGACGGGUAAUCGACAAGCAUAUUUAUGGAAUACACAUCAAUUUUAGGCAGAAAUUUAAUAACCCAAAAUUGUAUAUUGGCCAAUAACCUGGUUAUUACCCGCAUAUAAGCGAGAUGCCUAUUUUAUUCCCCCAGGUUAUUCAUUUCUAAAUUAAUAGUUGUCAAUCAUCCAUCCCUUUCCUUUUCGGCGGAUAAGAAAAUGACAGGUAUAACUUAAAAUAAAAUUAGAUGGUUUUUGCCAAGUUUUUGCAGGAAUUAGCACCAAUAUUAACCUAAUUUAAGUUUGACAGCUCUUCAAUUAGUGCUAUUUUUCACUUACAAUAAGCACAAGAAAGAGGUAAAGCUACUUUUAGUCCUGUCAAAUUCAGUUAAAAUUAAUUUGAUGGUGUUGCUCGAAUCGGCCCUAUUAAAAAGCCUUCCCUUCUAAUAUUGUAUCUACAUAAUGCAACGAAAUGUACGUAUGUAAUAUAGAUCAUAUAUAGUUGUCUAGUCGGUCUGAUCAUUCAAUGCAACUUGCCGAAGGGUUAAGAUGAAGUGUAUGUUAUUUGUUUUUGAUGUAAUUGAUUAAAUGUUAUGAAAAAAAAUAUAA